GAGAUAAAGGAAAAUUUGUUAAGCAGAACGUCCUCAACAAACGCAAAAAAUCAAUUUUGGCUAUGAAUAAUGCAAAAAAAUUGAGAAAGGAAACCCCAAGCUUGAAAAAUAACCUGUGCAGUGGUCGCAUCGUGGAAUUACUAGAGUUGAGAAAACAUUUAAAAUGUUGCUGGUGUGAAAGAGUUCUUUCUCUUGAAAAUAUUACAAAUAAAACACGAAAGGGCCUUUAUUCAAUUUUAAAUGUUAAAUGUAAUGAAUGUAAUAUUGAAACUAUAGUACUUACGGACAAAGUUUAUGCAACAAAAAGUGAAGUUAAGCAUUCAGAUGUCAACACUAAAGCAGUUCUAGUAAAUAAAUGUUUUGAAAACGCAAUAAUAAGCGAAACUAUGGGCAAGAUUAAAAAAAUUCAGACUAUUUUUGCACAUAGUUGGAAAGCUAAACUGUCUGGAGAAAAUUAUGUAACGGGAUCAACAAUUUUGCCCAUUUCUUUGGAAUUGGGUAAAACAUUAAUAGAUGAAUACAAUGAAACUGAAAUUGAUGACGAAAUUGUAGUACUAAAGAGGGAAAUGUCUGUAUCAAUUUUAAACAUACUAAAAAGUAGAUAUGAAAGUGAUAAAAACACUCAUGAACUUUUGCAGACUGCCACCUUUAUGGACCCUCGUUUUAAAGGAUCAUUUUUUAGUGAUGCAGAAAACAAUGUUAUUAAAGAUAUAAUAUUACAACUUAGUAGCGAAUUAGAAAUAAUUCCUGCUCCUGAGAAUAGACCUGCGUCAUCAAGGAAAAAGAGCGGACUUUCAUCCAUUUUUAAAUCUAUAAAAAAUGUUGAAAGUAGUAAUGCUGUAAGUUUAUUCGUAAAAAUUAAAAAGGAAAUCGAACAAUACAUAAAUAGGCCAGCGAUUGACGUUGAAGAAGAUUCAUUGGUAUGGUGGAAGUAUAACGCUCAUGUAUUUCCUUUUCUUACCCAAUGUGCAAAAAAGUUUCUUUCUAUACAAGCUUCCAGUGUUCCAUCUGAACGAGUAUUUAGCAAAGGGGGCCAAAUAGUAAGUGACCUCAGAGCGUCAUUAAGUGGGGAUCAUAUUGAACAACUUGUUUUUUUGACUAUGAACAUACGAUUUGUUAACAUCGAUAAAAAUACAUAA